AUUAAAAAAUAUCCGUUGAGUCGAGUGCCUUUGGAGUGUAUUGAUCCGAUGUUUUUAUAGUUUUUACGAUUAUUUAUUAAUAAUUAAGUUACAAAAUGUCGACAUUUGAUUUGAAAUCGUUCAGUUCGGCUUUAAACGAAACAAAUAAAGUACAAAGUGGUGUUGAUUUCACGGGAAAAUCGCUUAAAUUGGACACUGAGAAAGAUGCCAAAGACAUUGUAGCAGCCAUCUCAGCAUGCCCCGACCUGUAUUACCUGACGCUGACGGGCAACACACUUGGCGUGGCAGCGGCUGAAGCCAUCGCCAAGGCCCUGGAGUCCCACCCUGAGCUGAAAGUGGCCCGCUGGUCAGAUAUGUUCACCGGGCGGAUGAAGACGGAGAUUCCGCCUGCUCUAAAAGCGCUUGGAGACGGUAUGAUUGCCGCUGGCGCCCGUCUCAAAGUGCUGGACCUGAGCGACAACGCCUUCGGCCCUAUCGGCGUCGAGGGCCUCGCCAAACUGCUGCAGAGCGAAGUCUGCUCUGAGCUGGAGGAGCUCCGUCUAAACAACAACGGUCUGGGCAUCACCGGAGCCCGGCUGCUCGCCAAAGCGCUGUCGUCUCGGCCUCCCAAGCUGCGAGUGUUCAUAGCCGGCAGGAAUCGACUGGAAAACGAUGGCGCCACCGCACUGGCACAUGUUUUCGAGAAAAUGGGGUCCCUGGAAGAAGUAGCGAUGCCACAGAACGGUAUAUACCACGUCGGUAUAUCAGCUCUGUCAGAGGCCUUCAAACAGAACCCUCAGUUAAGCUGCCUCAACCUCAACGAUAACACCAUCGGGCCUAAAGGGGCUGAGGCGGUCGCUGAAGCCCUACCGAGAUUGAAAAACCUGAAAGCGAUCAACUUCGGCGACUGCCUGCUCAAGAGUAAAGGCGCGCGGACACUCGCCAAAGCGUUCAAAGAUAACUCAACACUCUUAGAGUGCCUAGAUUUGAGCCACAAUGAGAUUGGUCGUGCGGCGUGCAAAGAACUAGUAGACGCCAUCACGGUAUUACCGGACAGCGGUGAGCGACUGUCACGCGUCGUUUUAGCUGGCAACAGUCUCGGAAACGCGGCGAGUAAAAAGGGUAUGAAGGCGCAACUCGGGACCGCCGGGGAACUCACAGACGACGAAGGGGACAGCGGGGACGAGGACGAUGAUGAUGAUGACGAAGGCACAGAAUCAGAAGAAUCGGACGCUGAAUCCCAAGACGAGGAGAACACAGAAGACAGCGCAACAGAGGACGCGCAACACAGCUUCAACACCACCGGCAACACGACGGCGACAAGCAACAACAUCACUCUCGACACGUCAGGCAUGGAAGAAGUGAAGAACGACGUAGAACGUUUCCUAAAAGAGCCCACUCUACAGAACCUGGAGCGACUGGGUUCGAAUCCGGCGGAUGUCAUCGAAGCACACAUAGAGUCCAUACAAGAUACAGAUGAGCUGCUAACCCAGUACGUGAACGCGACGCUAUCCGUCGCCGGCCUGUCGCUGAACAGCGACAUAGCUGGGGACGCGGCGCAGCAACUCUUCGCGAGGACUAUAGCGGCUGCUAACAAGAGGGCGGCUACCUGGCCGCUCACCGAGAGGCUACUGAGGGGACUGGCCCUUAUAAAGCAACUCUUCGCGAGGACUAUAGCGGCUGCUAACAAGAGGGCGGCUACCUGGCCGCUCACCGAGAGGCUACUGAGGGGACUGGCCCUUAUAAAGGUAGUUAUAAACAUAAUACAGUAUAUAACUGACGUAGCUGGGGACGCGGCGCAGCAACUCUUCGCGAGGACUAUAGCGGCUGCUAACAAGAGGGCGGCUACCUGGCCGCUCACCGAGAGGCUACUGAGAGGACUGGCGCUUAUAAAGUCGGAGGAGAAGGCCCCAAUCCGCUGGCACCUCCCCGGCUGCUAUGCCAGCCUGGCCCGGGCCCUGCCCCAGCAGUUCCCCGCGGCGCUCCGCAGCACACUACGUUUCUUCAUCGGCGCCAAGUUGGCCAACCUGCCUACAGAGCUGCGGGAAUCACUGCAACAACAUCCGGUACUGUUACAGGAGUAAUA